UAGUAAAACAAUAUUAUAUUAAAUGUCAAGCAGAAUUGUGUUUUGUGUAGAUUUAGAAUUUCUGCAUAAUUAUUAGUGUGUGAGUUGUGUGUUGACUGUUGAAUGCAGUAAAUUGCAAAAUGCAAUCGUCUUUGCUGUGGGAAUUGUGAAAUGCAGCCUUAACAAUAAACAAUCAACACUAAUUAACACGCGACCAGCAAACGAGACACAGCUGAGCGAGACAAGAAGUGAAGAGAGAGGAGAGAUGCGAGGAGAAGUGGCGCAUAGUUCAAACACUUGACCUCAUAUUUGAGCAACUGCACAGAGACCAAACAACAACGAGAUGUGGAGUUGUGUGGAGUUAAGGAGAUGGAGAGAACAGGCCUUUUACCUGUUAUAGACGCAGACAGACAAAAACGAGAGAGAGAACAGCAAGAGAGAGAGAGAGGAGUGCGCUUAUUAGAGAGACAGCAAAACGAUCGUUUGACUCGGCUUCUCGUCUGCUGGAAGCGAUCAGUCUGCGGCUUACUCUGCCAGCGUGCAAGUGUGUUUAAGCGAUCGCAACGCGGUUUAACUGCUUAACUGUCUGUCUACCUGUCGACAGACGACGACACCCUGUAUCGUCUCGUGUAAUAAACAAAAUUUGUCGAAUAUGCUAUGUGUAUUGUGAUGUGUUUGAAAACAUAACGGAAAAGUCGCUAAAACAAAAGCCACACAACAAGAGACUUGUUUGCCAAAGUGUGUGCCCCCUCUGGUUAUAUUCGGUAUACACACAGCACACAAUGUGUGUGUAGCUAGCAGUGAGUGUGUGUGUGUGUUAGUGUGCGAGUGCCAGUGUGAGUACCUUGAAGGUAUCUAAGCAUCCACAGCGAGACAGCGAGUUCGGGUACAUUUUCAACUUCGCGUGUUCAACUGAAGUUGCUAACUCGUUUUUCAAAAAAGUAAAAGAAAAAAAGGAAAAACAACAAAAGUCUGCACACAACAACAAGAAGAAAACAAGCGCGCGCAACUUCGAAAGAGCUACGAAAAAUAAUCAUAAUAAUAAUAAUAAAGAGAGAAAUAAUAAUACGAAGAUAAAACACAUAUAUUAAUAAACGGCCAAAGAAGAGGAGGCAAAAACAAGAACCAUAUAACUCUCUCGAACUAAGGCAGAUUGGGACAGCGACUGAAGGAGAAGCAGAGACAGAGACAGAGAUUUGACUGCGUUGUUGCCCUUCUGCAUUCUUUUUGCUUGUUUAUUUAUUUUGUUCUCGUUCUCGCUGUUCACUUGUUGCGUGGCCCAAAAAAAAACUAUACAAAAUCGAAGAACAACAACACGCAGCUGCAGAUAGAGACAGCAAACAUUCGGGUUGCAGGCUCACAUAGAGACACACACAUACAGAUAAACGAAAAACAGGCAAGCAGCCAAAAGUACAAGCCUGUGGCCUGGCCUGGUCUGGUCAAUUCUACAGACCAAGUCCCAGUCUGAGUCUCAAUCUGAAUCUGAGUCGCUGUUGGAGUCGCCCGGCAUGCGCCUGUGCGGAAAACCUGUUGGUUCGGGCGUGUUUUAGUGCUGCGUUUGCGUGUCCCGUCUCCCUCUAUCUUUCUCUCGGGAUAUUGUCAUCUCAGUCGCUCGCUUAUUCGGAGUGUACGAAAUUAUUCAAAUAAGAAAAUCGUCGUCGUCGUCGUCGCCUCGCGUCGUCGUCCUCGCAUCCUUAAAACGCUACUCACAUUUGAAAUCCAAACUUGUUUGCAGUCGGAAUUAGCUUUGUUAGCUGGUUUUAUUUUUUUGGUGUGUUGUUUGGCUCUCUGUGGUCUCUGCUGGUUCCUUGUUUUGGGCCACACAAAUGUGCAUCAACUAUGGCCACUUUGGGCCUGUCAAAAGUAUUCAUACUGGAUAAAUAUUUUACGGAAUUGCAAAAAUUUUGGGAGACCGAGAAGAAGCUGCAGGAUGCCUCAUCGUCCAAUGAGGCAGUGCAUCUGCAGCAGCGGCUGAAGAGUCUCAGCACCGAGCUGCUGGUCAUGCGAAAUCGCCUGCAUGUCGAGGGUCAGGGUCAGGUUCAGAGUCGCAACGGCGGUGGCGGUGGCGGAGGCGGUGCUGUUGAUGCACAACAACAACAUCACAGCCUUGGCGUUGGUCUUACAACGGGCGGUGCGAAGGCGGCCAACUUUGAGUUGAAUGCCUCCAGUCCGAAUCUCAAUUUGGGCACGAGUCUCUCGACAAAUGCGCUGCAGCAGCAUGUGAACGGAGCUGGUGGUCAACACACGCUGCCCAAGCAUGCCUACAACUUCAGCCAGACGCUGCCGAGCAACGCGGGCUCUGGGGGAGUGAUCUCGGCACGGAACACAUCCAUUCCGCAUCCGUUGCCCCAUCAGCUGGGCGAGAAGUCGACGCUGGCGCAUCACAAGAGUCACACGGGCAACUUGGCAACAGCGGCACCUGCAGCGUUGCCUCAUGGCAACGGAGGCAACUCCAGCUCCAACUGCAACACGCUGCCGAUGCGCUCGUCGGCGGCCACAGCGCUGGCGGCAUCGAUAGCCGCCUCCCAUCAUCAUCACCAUCAGCAUCAUCAGCCACACCAUCAGCAACAGCAGCAGCAACAUCAGCUGCAGCAACAGCAACAUCAGCAGCAGCAGCAGUCGCUCAAUCAACAGUUUGCCACAUCAACGAAACAUGCGAAUCCUUGCCAGAGUGUUAAGACGCUGCCAUUUGGAUUUGCCUCCAGCAAUGGCGGCGGCGGCAACAUCAAGUUGCAGUCGAGCCAUCGCUUGCCCAAGGACAUGCGGGAUCUGAUCCAUCUGGCGGGACCGCUUAAUGAGCAUGCCGUUAUGCACACGCUUCAGGCUCGCUUCAAUGAGCAGCGCUAUUUCACAAAUGUGGGACCCAUACUGCUGUCGAUUAAUCCGUAUCUGGACGUUGGCAAUCCGCUGACAUUGACAUCGACACGCGACCUUCCGCUUGCCCCGCAACUCCAGAAGAUUGUGCAGGAGGCAGUGCGUCAGCAGAGCGAAACUGGCUAUCCGCAAGCAAUCAUAUUGUCGGGCACAAGUGGAGCUGGAAAGACAGCGAAUGCCAUGUUGAUGUUGCGUCAAUUGUUUGCCAUUGCCGGCGGUGGCCCCGAGACAGAUGCCUUCAAGCAUUUGGCUGCUGCGUUUACCGUCUUGCGUUCGUUGGGAUCCGCGAAGACUACAACGAACUCGGAAUCCAGUCGCAUUGGCCAGUUCAUCGAGGUGCAGGUGACGGAUGGUGCACUGUAUCGCACUAAGAUACAUUGUUACUUUCUGGAUCAGACGCGUGUGAUACGUCCAUUGCCCAAGGAGAAGAACUAUCACAUUUUCUAUCAACUGCUUGCGGGUCUCAAUCGAGAUGAACGCCAGAAGCUGCACUUGGAGGGCUAUUCGCCGGCCAAUCUGCGUUAUCUGCGUGGUGAUAUCGCCCAGAACGAGCAGGAGGAUGCAGUGCGCUUCCAGGCGUGGAAGACUUGCCUGGGCAUCCUGGGAAUUCCCUUCUUGGAUGUGGUGCGUGUGUUGGCAGCUGUGCUUUUGCUUGGCAAUGUGCAGUUCAUUGAUAGCGGGGGUCUCGAGGUGGACGUCAAAGGCGAAACAGAGCUCAAUUCGGUGGCCAGUCUUUUGGGAGUGCCGCCUGCAGCACUCUUCCGUGGCCUGACGACACGAACGCACAAUGUGCGAGGCCAGUUGGUGAAGUCGGUGUGCGGCGAUGGCGAUGCCAAUAUGACGAGGGAUUGCCUGGCAAAAGCCUUGUACUGUCGCCUGGUUGCGACGAUUGUGCGGCGUGCGAAUAGCCUCAAGCGUCUCGGCUCUACACUGGGCACAUUGAGCUCGGACUCGAAUGAAUCCGUGCACAAUCAGGCGGAUGCAGCUUCGCAGCAUGCCUCGACCAUUGGCGGUGGCAAUGCUGGGUCCAAGUCGAUGGCAGCUCUUAAUAAUGCUGUGCGACAUGCAACGGAUGGCUUCAUUGGCAUAUUGGAUAUGUUUGGCUUUGAGGAGCCAUCGCCCCACGCCCAGCUGGAACAUUUAUGCAUCAAUCUGUGCGCCGAGACCAUGCAACACUUUUACAACACACACAUCUUCAAGUCGUCGGUGGAAUCGUGUCGUGAUGAGGGCAUCGUGUGUGACACCGAAGUGGACUAUGUGGACAAUGUGCCAUGCAUUGAUUUGAUAUCAUCGUUGCGCACAGGGCUGCUUAGCCUGUUGGACAUGGAGUGUUCGGUGCGUGGCACCGCCGAGAGCUAUGUCACAAAGCUGAAAGUGCAACAUCGCUGCUCCACUCGCCUGGAGACGCGGCAUGCCUCCGAGCCGGAUGAUCCGCGUCUCUUUGCCAUACGCCAUUUUGCGGGUCGUGUGGAGUACGAUACCACGGACUUUUUGGACACGAAUCGUGAUGUGGUUCCUGAUGAUUUGGUUGCUGUGUUCUACAAGCACAGCUGCAACUUUGGCUUUGCCACGCAUCUCUUUGGCUCCGAGCUGAAAGCGCUCUACGCGCAGCAACAGGCGCCGCGUGGCCUCAGCUUCCGUAUCUCGCCCACCUCGCACUCGGAUCUGCUCAACGGCGACGAACCGGUGUCCACACUCACCCAGGACUUUCACACGCGUCUCGAUAAUCUGCUGCGCACUCUCGUUCAUGCGCGUCCGCAUUUUGUGCGCUGCAUUCGCAGCAAUGCCGCUGAGCAGGCGGGAAGAUUCGAGAGGAUGACGGUGGUGCGUCAGAUACGCUCGCUGCAGGUGCUGGAGACAGUGAAUCUGAUGGCUUCUGGGUUCCCGCAUCGCAUGCGCUUCAAGCAGUUCAAUGCACGCUAUCGCAUGUUGGCUCCAUUCCGUUUGCUGCGUCGCAGCGAGGACAAGGCGCUGGAGGAUUGCCAGCUUAUCCUGCAGUAUGCCAUGGACAUGGAGCAGCCACCGGUGCUCGAUGGCUCCGUGACGCUGGCCUGGGCACCGGGCAAGCGACAUGUGUUCAUCAGCGAGGGCAUUCGCCAGCAUCUGGAGCAUUUGCGCACCGAGAUACGACACAGGAGUGCCACCCGGAUGCAGGCCACCUGGCGUGGCUGGUGGUGGCGCAAGAAGAUGGGCACCACAAGCAGCAUCAAGCGACCCGCUGCCAACGACACUGCUGCUGCAGCUGCCGGUGGCUUGAUGGCAGCGCUGCCGGCAAUUGCCAGCUCUUGUGCCAAACUCGCCAGCGCUCACAACAAUCCCAAUGGCAAGGCGACCUCAGCUGCCAUGGCUGCUCUCGCUGCGGUGGCUGCAGCUGCCCCUAAUACGGUUCCCCGCCUAUCCGCAAAGUCCACGAAUCCAAGUCUAGGCAUUGGCACUGUGACCAGGCCGAGACCUCAACCCAUCGCCGGGACUCCUCCGCCGGAUCCUCACGAGAAAUGCGACCAGAAGAUUAUACAACAAACUUGUAGUCUCUUCGGAUUAGAUUUGGAGCGGCCACCUCCCGUGCCCCCAUCGAGAGCUUACACCAUCACGGCGAACUCGAAGAAGCUGGGCUAUCCGCAAAGUCGCAUCAUGAAAAUGAAUUUUCCAGAGGAUGCGCUUGCUAAUCCGGCUUCUGCAUUGCCGCCUGCAGCAGGCGCCGGAGGAGGAGCUGGAGCAGCAGGAGGAGGAGGAGAGCAACAGCAGCAGCAGUUGAAAAAAGGCGAAACAGUGACUGUGGUGGGCGCCUCGAGUGGACGAGGCCAUUUGAUUGUCGAGCACAAAGGCCAAAGUUACCAUGUACCCUUUCAGUACAUGGAACUGAGCAGUCAAGCGAUUGCCUCUGCCUCCGUUUCGGGCGCUGGCUCCGGCUCUGGAGGAUCAGCCAGCAUUCCCACUGUGCCCAUUGUGAAGGGACAGGGAAAUGGAGUGAAGAUUUGACACACAAUUGAACUGAGAUCGAACCAGAUCGAAGACUGUAUAUAAAUAGUUUUAAAAAGUUUCUCAAAAUAUUUGCAUACGAGAAUUGUGCUUACCCGAGUAUUGUUAAGAUUAUGGAACACUUUGUAGUAUUAUCGUAUGGUAGGUUGUAGCUUCCAGUGCCAAUCAAGUGAGUUCUUCCAGUAGGAAUAAUAUUCGAGUAUAAGUUUUUGUAAUUAAAUACACUCACACACAGACAUACAUACAUGAGAUUAGUUAUCGCUCGUUAUUCGAUUAAUCAUCGAUCGGUCUCGCUGCGGUUUUUAUUUCUUAUUUUUGUUACUCAUUCUCGUUCGGCUCGUUCAUAAAUAGCACACACACAUCACAUACUUUAGAAUAGCUUUAAGAUUUCACCUUUUCCUAAUAAUUAAAAGCUGCUCAUCAUAACAAUUUUAAUCAAGGGCCAUUUAUGUGCUAGAAAUCUAUAAUUUGAAACCAUUAAAGAACAACAUAUUUGUAUAUAAGCUAUUUAUUUAAAAUUCUCAAUUCAAUUAUCAAUUAUUACAACAUCUAUUGUGGUUGGAUGAGUUGUUUGGCAAAUGGGUCGACCUGUCUUCAAGGCGCAGUUUUUUUCGACCAACUCGAACUUUUCCUCUUCUUUAUUGAAACGCAAUAUGCCACACAUAUAGGAUAAUCUCUUGCCCUUUGAUGGUCCAUUGAGUAAUUCAGCUUUUGUUCCCGUUGUCAAUGAAUAGAAAUAUGCUGUGUUAACGAGAUUAUUCAAAUCGGUCCAGUACUCAAUGGAUUUAUCUAAACGAUUUUGCAGACUCUUCAAAUCGUCAAGACUUUGCAGAUUGAUGAGAUGUCCUUUCAUUCGACGGCACUUUUCAACGGCACCAAACCAAUUUACGAUUUCCGUCUGAUCGAUAUGAAGAAACAUAUAACCGAUUUUCACAAAUCCUUCCGGGAUAUCCGCGUAAAACACAUCGCUGAUAUUGUGAUUGAUAAAUACUGCUGAGCGAUUACCUAAGGUACAACAAUAAUUUGUUUAUUUUGUUUACUC